UGCCAGCAGAACACACAGUGACACAUUACACCACACACGUAGCAAAACACAUCGUACGUACGUACACCAAGAUCUGAUCGAUCGACGACGGCGGCGAUGGCUGCAGUGACGGUGGAGAUCACGCGGAGCGAGGUGCUCAGGCCGUCGCCGGCGUCGGCCGGCGGCGGCGAGAUGGUCCCGCUCACCGUCUUCGACCGCGCCGCCACGGACGGCUACAUCCCGACCAUGUUCGCCUGGGACGCCGCGGCGGCGGCGGCGCUGUCCAACGACGCCAUCAAGGACGGCCUGGCCGCCGUGCUGUCCCGGUUCCCGCACCUCGCCGGCAGGUUCGCCGUCGACGAGCGCGGCCGGAAGUGCUUCCGGCUAAACAACGCCGGCGCGAGGGUCCUCGAGGCCUCCGCCGCCGGCGACCUCGCCGACGCCCUCGCGCACGACGUCGCCGCCCACGUCAACCAGCUCUACCCCCAAGCCGACAAGGAUCGUGUGGACGAGCCACUGUUGCAGGUGCAGCUGACGCGGUACACGUGCGGCGGGUUGGUGAUCGGCGCGGUGAGCCACCACCAGGUCGCCGACGGCCAGUCCAUGAGCGUCUUCUUCACCGAGUGGGCCGCCGCCGUGCGCACCGCCGGCGCCGCCCUCCCGACGCCGUUCCUCGACCGGUCGGCCGUCGCGGCGCCGCGCAUCCCGCCGGCGCCGGCGUUCGACCACCGGAACGUCGAGUUCAGGGGCGAGGGGAGCAGGAGCCACUCCUACGGCGCCCUCCCGCUGGAGAGGAUGCGGAACCUCGCCGUCCACUUCCCGCCGGAGUUCGUCGCCGGCCUCAAGGCCCGCGUCGGCGGCGCGCGGUGCAGCACGUUCCAGUGCCUCCUGGCGCACGCGUGGAAGAAGAUCACGGCGGCGCGCGACCUCUCGCCGAAGGAGUACACGCAGGUGAGGGUCGCCGUCAACUGCCGCGGCCGCGCCGGCCCGGCGGUGCCCACGGACUACUUCGGCAACAUGGUGCUCUGGGCGUUCCCGAGGAUGCAGGUCCGCGACCUCCUCUCCGCCAGCUACGCCGCCGUGGUCGGCGUCAUCCGCGACGCCGUGGCGCGCGUCGACGAGCGGUACAUCCAGUCGUUCGUGGACUUCGGCGAGGUGGCCGCCGGCGACGAGCUCGCGCCGACGGCGGCGGAGCCGGGCACGGCGUUCUGCCCGGACCUGGAGGUCGACAGCUGGAUAGGGUUCAGGUUCCACGACCUCGACUUCGGCGGCGGGCCGCCGUGCGCGUUCCUGCCGCCGGACGUGCCCAUCGACGGGUUGCUCAUCUUCGUGCCGUCGUGCGCGGCGAAGGGCGGCGUCGAGAUGUUCAUGGCGCUCGACGACCAGCACGUCGAGGCUUUGAGGCAGAUUUGCUACUCCAUGGACUGAUUGUUAGCUAAUAUACGAAAGUAGAUACAGACAUACAGUACGUGCAUGCAAGGGUUGCAUAAUUAAUUGCAUGCACAUCAACGAACUUGUUUUUUCUUUAUUCCUUGUCAAAGGAGUUAAUUAAGCUAAUGCAACGAAUGUAUGAUUUCAAUAGGAAUUACAUUGUGGAUGUGUGAUAUACAUGUGUAAGCCUUGCUAGUGUAAAUAUUUCAGUAAGGAAUAAAAGUAUAUGUGUUCGUGUGUAAAAAAUGAAUAAAAUAAUAGAUUCUGAUCA